AUGAAUGCUCCUCCUCCCCCUCCUCCGGCAGCAGCUGCCAACGCGUUCUUCGACCUCUCUCUGCUGCCCGGCAGCAAUGGCACCGGCCGCCAGCCCCGUGCUAACCAUGGCUAUGUGCUGAUAGCCGGGAACCAGGACCCCCGCGCCCCCCAUUACUUGUCGAAGCUCUCGGGCAAGUACUCGAGCAGAUACGGUGUGGCCGUCCAGUUCACAAACCUGCCGCAAGGUUACACUUUGUGGUGGAAGGCAAAGCCCGGCCGCUUCACCCGCAACGGCACUCCGGUCGGUGCCUUUUACGUCUAUGGACACCCUCGCGGCCCGUUCAGAUCUGUUGGCACUUUGAUCGUGCAUCUGCACAGCAUAAUCAACAAUGUGGCUCCGUGCCAGUGCGUCAAGUGCUGA